CCCAAUGCAUCGUUCAACGAUCCACCUUAGUCUCACACGAACACACGCAUGGCAUGGACGCAUUCUCAAUUUGGCUCACCUACCUAACGCAAUCACACCUAUCUCUCCCUCAGCUGCACAUUCUCAGCUGUACACCUCCAGCUGACGCACUCUGUUGCCCUCAGUCGUGAAAAAUCAAACCACGCCACACAAACGAUCCACCACGCCACACGGCACCGCGUCCCAUCACGCCUCUCUCUGGCUGGGCUGCCUUCUGACUGACUCUUCUCUGCCAUGACGCCACGGAUCCGUUCGCAGACGACACAUCGACAGCCCGACACACCACAACGAGAAAGGGAAAAGCAAAGAUACGGUGAAAAAAUGUACGCACCUCGGAUAUGUGUGUUGAUUGAAACGACGAGAUAGAGAGACUGGAGGUCAUGGGCAGGGAGAAGAAUGGGGCGAUAACAGACAGACAGACAGAGAUGGGCGCAGUGAGUCGAGUCAGUCAGUCAGUCAGUCAGGCAGGCAAGAGGGCAGAGAGGAGACUGGAUGGAGUUGAAAUGGUGAGCGAGAAAAAGAUUGGCGCAGUAGACAGACAGACAGACAGACAGAGAGAGGGGAGAGAGGCAGGGGAGAUUCAGGAGGUGCAGCAGAGGAGAGGAGAGAGAGCAGAUUCAGACACAGGUGUCUGUCUACCUGGAUAGACUAGAUAGUAGGUAGGUAGGUAGGUAUCGUCCGUCGGACAAUGCAAUGCAAUAUCAAUGCCGGCUGCGUCAACGCCACGCCCACCAUGUGCCAAGAAACCACAUGAAAAAUGGCACAUGUCCACCCCUUCCUCCCUCACCCAUCCCCGCCUCCGUCUCUAUCUCUGUCUGUGUGUGCUUUCCGUGAGGAAAACGAAAGCGCCUGACCAAUCGGCCAGCCAUCGACGAGUGUGAGCGCAUCUGGAUAUGUGGUCGGUCGGUUAAAACCCUCUCCCCUCUGCUCUCCGCGCUCUGGCUCUCUGGUCUGGUGCUCUCUUGUUUCGCUCUCUCUCUCAAGAUCGAUCGGCACACACAGGCCGCCCUCAGGUGACUGACGUGGAUGUCUCUGUCUGUGUGUAUGUGUGUCUAUACACGGAUGAACGGAUGGAUGGAUGGAUCAUGGAUCGCUCUGAAUUGGCUCUUUCUACCCGGCCUGGCCUGACAUGACAAGAGAUGCCCUGUACACCCAUUGGACCACCCAUCCCAUUGACACACACACACACGCACACACACACCCCUCCGAAGAUGAUAGACAUCCACGGAUGGACACACGCAUGCCAUUCACCAGCCGCCCUUUUUGGUAUGGGGGGGCCAUUCGAUGGACAAAAUCCGGCAGGUACCUCACGUCACACGUACUUGUUUUGCUCUCCCCUCACUCCCCUGUCUAUGCCCAUCGGUACGUCAGGUGCGAACGCGCAAAAUCCUUACCUACGAUGCGUUGCGUUGUACGCACGGCUGUCUGUCUGUCUACAGUGAACACGGAUGCGGAAGGCGAGCGCAGGGUGGCUCGACUGCAGUCAGGUAACUGGUGUGUCUUGUGUUCUUGUCUGUCUCCCUUGGCCAUUGAGGUGAGUGAAGAGAGAGAGGCAAGAUGGAAGAACGAAGCGUUGCGCCAGCACAGAGGCCAGCGGAGCAUUGUGUACCCCACCCACCCCACCACAGACCCAGGACGCACCAAAAAGACCCCAAGACGAGUCGCAUCGACCAGAAACCCAUUCACCCCGGUCAUCCCUUGCUUCGUUGAUAAUUGAAACUCUCCCUCUCUCAUAUGUGGGUGCGUCGUGUGUGUGCACGGUGCGCCCCCGCCCCUCUGUACAGCUUCCAUCGCCUGGUAUGGCGAUGGAUGAAGCGAGGCAGGAGCGACCGAGGCCCGCCACGACGGCCACACACACACACACACACUACCACGGACAUGGCAGUUCCAUCCAUCCAUCCAUGUAGCUGCCUGGCUGAUUGACAGAUGGACUAAGGACAUCGCCUUACUCUGUCCCAUCAAUCAGCAUCCACAGGGGUAGAAUCCCUCCCCUCCCCCCCUCUCCCCUUUCCCAGACAGCAUCCGGUCGACAAAAAAUACCGUCCAUCUAUCUAUCUGUCGUCGGUAUUCUUCGAUCUCAUCAUCUUGAAAAGAGUCUCAUCAUCUGCGACAACUGCGACUCGUGCUGCCUCUUCUCGUCACCCUCCCCAGCAGCAGCAGCCGCAUGGAACGCCGAGGGCGACAUCCCAGCAGGCGCGGCCUUCAUGGCCGUCCGCAUCGACUCGUCGGUGCUGCGCCUGGGGAUCUGCCGCGAGAUGGGCGGGGCUUGGGCCUUGUUCAUGCUGGGCUGCGGGGGUGCUCCCGUGUUGCGCCGGGCGACCUUCAUGAUGAGCCCGUUCUUGGUGUGGAUGGUGGCGCCGGUCUUCAUGCCGACCUCGUGGGCGGGCACUGCCAGCUCGAAGGAGAACCUGUCGGCCGAUUGACAACGCAAAGGAAUAGGGAAGGUGGAGAGGUGCACGAGACGUGUGUCUGUGGGUCUGCCUGUUGCCCGCCAGCCCACCCACUGACUGACUGACUGACCUCCUGAGCAGCAGUGAGAGGGUCACGGAUGCCUCGAGAAAUGCGAACUGGUCGCCCACACAUUUGCGCGUGCCCUGACGGAUGCACAGAUGCCAUUCCAGGCCAACCACCUCGCUCUUUCUUCUUCUCAAGUGUGUCGUGUCGUACCCCUCCGAAAGGCAAGAAUGCGAAGUCAGCCAUGGUCUCUGUGGGGUAUAGCGGGCCGAACUGACCCUCUUCGUAGUAGAAGCCGCUCUCGGGGGGCUGGUAGCCACGCCAACUGCACGCAAUGCAACCAACAGCAACAGGCCAAUAGGUGUGUGUGUGUGUGUGCCUCUUCUGGAGAGUGUCCCCGCGUGUGUGUCUGUCUGUCUGUCUUACGCAGGGACGUCAGGGUUUGAGUGCGGCCUCAGGAAUCUCUCGGGGUCGAACUUGUGUGGGUCCUCCCAGAAGAGCGGCGAGUGGUGGAUGUUGUAAAUGGCCAGAAACACGUCCUGACCUCGCAUCAUCCGACAGCUGGCCGAUCCACGCCAUAUACCACACACACAAACAGAAGGAAAGGAACGCACCGGUUACGUCGAGUCGAUGAGUGGAUCGUUUCUCCUUGUUGUAUCUCUGACAUACUUGAAUCCCGCGGUGCCCUUAGGGAAUGUAUCGUCCUCGAGUGCUCGUCGGAUGAGGAAUGGCGGCUCCGGGUACUUGCGCAGCGACUCAGCCAGACACAACCGCAGCAAAGGCAUCUUGUUGAUCAACUCCCACGUGGGCGUCUCGUCACCCAACACGGCAUCAACCUGAAAGCCAUCAGAUCAGCCAUGGACACACGAUUACCCACACUGAUGCGUACGCCUCUCUCUCUCUGUCUCCCGUCUCACCGACCUCUUUAAGCACUUUCUGGAGGAUCUCGUUGUUCUCCGGCAGUGACAGCUCGUACAGCGCCCACGUGAGUACACUGGCGGUUGUCUCGUGCCCGGCAAUGAGGAGUGUGGCGAGGUCGUCCCUCAGCUGUUUGUUGGACUUGUCGAUGUCCUCCCCCCGGAGGUCGACCAAAAAUCUGAGCAGUGAGGCGUCGCUGCAGGAGGCGUAGUCUCGGUUCAGCAGCGACUCGAGAUCCUCCUCACGACCGCCGGCCUGCGCCUGAGGCAACACGCCAAGGAAGGGAAGGGCAGCACACAAACGUGUUGGUUCCUGUGUGUAUCGGUCAUUGUUUCUGGUCUUGGCUGGGUGCUGAGCUGACCUUGGCUUGUUCGAUGAGCUCGUCGAGCACCUCGUUGACCACCUUCAGAUCCCUGUUGAACCUGCACACACACGGGGAUGGACGGAUGGACGGAUGGACGCCCCCAUGGCCAUGUGAGUAGGUGGCUGGUGUUGCUGACCUCCUGAGUCUGGGGACGAGUUGGUUGGCGAAUGGGAGUUUCCAGUAGGGGAGGGGGAUGGUCGACCGGUGCUCAGCCUCCUGCAGCAGACUGUACACGGCCUUGAUCACAGGAGACUCCUGAUCGACACACACAUCGAAACAGACAUGCCUGGACAGUCUGGCAGAUAAAGGCACGUGCGCACCUCUGUAACGGAUCUGAAUUCGUAGUUGAAGACGCUCUUGCCGAUGAUGUCAAGUGACACGCUGUUAAAUGCGCUUUCCAUGUCCACGACCUUGCCCUUGUCGACGGCCUUGUGCAGCUCCUGGACCAGCAGGUGGUUGCAGUCGUUGUAGACACCCACCAUGUGGUCCAGCCACAUCUGAUGGAAGGCUGGAGCCAGCACCCGACGACGCACCUGACCAACCAAUCCAGCGCAUUGACAAUGUUCAUGUGCAGUCACACAGUGUCUGUGCGUGUGUGUGAGUGGGUGUGUGUUGGUGGUGGGGGUUACCUACCUUCCAGGUGGCGGGGUCAGCGGGAAUGAGUCCCUUGCCCAUGAUGGGUUCGAGUAUCUCGGCGAGCACGCCCUUGUCGUACUUGUGUGAGGCCCCCUUGAGCAGGUGCUUCAUGAUGAUGGGGUCGCUCACCACGAUGAACGACUUGGGGCCGAACAGCAGCUUGAACACCCCGCCGCUCUCCUUGUAGUUGUCAUAUAAGUCCAAAAAUAUAGCAUCCGGGUCCGUAAUGCGACCUGAGCAGACACACACGCAUAGAUAUGGAGAUUGUGUGGUGUGUGUGUGUGUGUGCUGGAGAUGAGAUGUGAUCUGCUGACCUUCAGCCACGGGGGCGCCGUCAUAGCUGGGUUGAUGGUCAUAGACCUGGUCGAUGUUCUUGACAAUGACCGCCAGCUGGUCGCCCACAGUGACCGGCUCACCAGGCUUGCCCCGCGGGAACAUCGAAAACAGCCACUCCCUCCCCUUCUCUAUCGUCUCAUCCUUAUACGAGCUCACGAUCCGCAUAUCGCCAGCAUGAGGGCAAGCGGCCGGAGUGCUCCCCCUCGUCUCCGUCUGAGCGGCCGCCAUCUCGCUAUGCGGACAGGCAGACGCAGACUCGAGAGGAGCUGCAGGAGCCGUUGCGGCAGCAGCAUGGUCGGUGUGUUCAAAGGGGCACUUCUCUCCCGGUUCGCUCUCGUGGUGGUUGGCCUUGUCGUCCUCCGCGUCGAUGAGGGUCGGCGGAACAGGGGCGUUGUGGUCCGGCAGGUCAGGAAGGACCGUCACGGAAGAAGUGGGCAGUGCCGCGUCUGUCUUGGUGCUCCUCAGAGACGAGGACGCAAAUCGCGACGAAGACGGUCGAAAGAUGAACGCAGCGCCGCCCCUUCUCUCCACCGCCCUCCCUCCCUUGAGCAGCAGCAACAAGGUGGAAAGAGCCAGGAUCAUGCCGGCACGCGCUGAACCCGUCCGUCGCCUCCUGCGCCAGUCGAUGCAUGGCGGGGAAAACGGUAAGGGGGAGGGCGGGGAGGGGGAUGAACCACUGCCACUCUGUCUGCGAGGGGAGCAUGACGCGCUAGGGGAGCAUGCCGCCUCGCGACAUGGAUGGCAGGACGGGGGUGCACUUGGCGCAUCUCGAGAAGACUCCUCCAUCUGCACAACACAGACAGAGGAAACAGCCAUGAACUUCAGCGCAAUCAAGACGCCUCCGUGCCAUGCUCUUCAUCGUGACCCGAGCAGGCAGCCGCUGGGUUUGACUUUCAAUGAGGACUUCUGGAGUCUGUGAUGCGGGAGGUUCAAGAUCAGAAGAGCACUCCCUCUUGCCAGCCAGGCGCACCCCUGAUGACUUCAUUUCGCUGACCACAGCUGC